GAGAGAGAGAGAGAGAAAAAGAGAGAGAGAGAGAGAACAAUGACGACGAUGGAGAUGAUGGAGAGGGACGCGAUGAAGACGGUGGCUCCUUGCGCUCCCGUGACUUAUCACCGGCGCGUUCGUGGUGACUUGGAUGACACACUUCCUAAACCUUAUUUGCCAAGAGCACUUCACGCACCAGAUAUGGAGCACCCGCUAGGAACACCGGGGCAUAGGCAUAAUGGCCUUAGUGUUCUUCAGCAACAUGUGGCUUUCUUCGAUUUGGAUGAUAAUGGCAUCAUUUAUCCCUCCGAAACCUUCUAUGGAUUCCGGUUACUCGGUUUUAAUUUACUUGCGUCGCUUAUCUUGGCUGCUGGUAUCCACAUAGCUCUUAGCUAUGCUACUCUCCCGGGGUGGAUACCGUCUCCAUUCUUCCCUAUAUAUAUAAACAACAUUCACAAGGCAAAGCAUGGAAGCGAUUCUAAAACAUAUGACAAUGAAGGAAGGUAUACACCAGCGAAUCUUGAGUUGAUGUUUAGCAAAUACGCGAGAACAGUGCCAGACAGAUUGAGUAUUGGAGAACUAUGGGACAUGACUGAAGGAAACCGGGAUGCCUUUGACUUUUUCGGCUGGUUAGCGAGCAAGGUGGAAUGGGGAGUAUUGUAUGCGUUAGCCAGUGACAAAGAAGGAUUCUUAUCAAAAGAAGCGGUAAGAAGGUGUUUUGAUGGGAGCUUGUUUUAUUAUUGCGUCAGGAAUUAUACCGAGAUGAGUGAGUACAGAUCGUACUACUACUGAUGAUGAUGAUGAUUUUGGUUCUUUGUAGUCUAAGGGGAACACUCAUAGACAUAAUUAUGAACUAGUUCUUUGUAAUUAAAUACUAUGUUUUAUAUAUGUUAACGUUGGUAAUAUUAUGCAUUUUUCUUAUAAGUCGUUCGAUA